AUGGAUUCGGAAACACUCAGACACAAGAUCUCCGACCUCAUCGCUAGGUCACAGCCGUACAUUGAGCAAGCGAAUGCCCAUGUCCAGCCCUAUGUGGAACAAGCCAACGACCAUUUUCAGAAAUCCAAACACCAUUGCUCUUCGAUCUUGAAAUCGGCUCAGUCAGAGUUGCACACUUUGUCACAAAAGCCCCAUUUCCAAGAAGUCCUCUAUGGCCUGACCUUGUUCGUGUUCCUCGCCUUUGCAAUCAGCCGUUUUGUCUCUUCCCGCCGCUCUCGGUACCCUACCAGUUCUUCAUCUCGCCCGUCAACCCCGCCGACACCACUCCUCGAAAAGGCCACUCAUACCAAGGGGCCCAAUGCCGCCCAGGCCCGGAAACCAGGGACGUGGAUUCCGUCCGACUUUCAACGGCCCAAACCGCGAGCGUACGAAAACUGGUCCAUCGAGCACACAAAACCUCUGCCUUACCGGCCGUUUCGCUACGGACCCAAGUACUUCGUGACCAUGGGUCUCCGUAACGUGAAAUGGGACAACUGGAUCGAGCUGGAUAACCACUUCCCGCGCUUCCACGCGGACAAGGCGCGUCGAAUCAAGGAACGCGGGCACAAGUGCUGCAGGACGGCGCCCGAGGCGUACCCCGCGGCGCUGGAACUCCUGGAGGAAUUCCGCUCGUACCUGCCGGACCGCUACCCGACGCUGUACCAGCGGACGGAGAAGGGGAUCAAGAACCUGUGGUCGGGCGAGGAACUGGACACGACGUCGCGGCCGCUGCCGGAGGACCCGAUGCAGACGGCGGCACGCAUGGUGCAGGACGACCUGGCGAUCAUGCUCGAGGGCGAGGACGGGCAGUACUACCUGCUCGCGGGGGCGGUGCUUCUAGCAGGCUUCUGGCGGCUGGAGGACAAGUACCGGAUGCCGCUGUCGGAGAUCCACACGAGCGGGGACGUGCCGCAGUUCAAGGAGAAGCUGGAGAAGGGGAUGAUGAACUUCUUCCGGCGACUCAAGCCCGAGGAGCUGGUCGCGCGCAACAACUACUUCCUGCAGGUCGACGACGACCUGGCCUGGUCGUACUCGAUCGGCAGCGAGGACAGCCCCUCGAUCAGCUGGAACACGGCCGAGAAGAACCGCGCCGUCGAGCACCACUACUUCCGCUCCGAGCGGCAGACCCUGCGCCGCCUCCCGCGCUCCGGCGGCGUCGUCUUCACCAUCCGCACCUACUUCCACCCGAUCACCGAGAUCGCCGAGGAGGACUACGUGCCCGGUCGCCUGGCCAGCGCCGUCCGCAGCUGGGGCGACGACGUCUCCCGCUACAAGGGCAAGGAAAAGUACGAGGCCGUCCUGCUCGAGUUCCUCGACAGGAAGCACCAGGAGCAGUUGGACCGAGGGCUCAAGCUGGACGAGGAGGACGAGAGGAGGAGUUAUCCAUGGUGA